UGAACCUUACACUAUUCUUUUCCGUCCUCCAUGAAGUGAUCAAUUUUUUUUACUUUUUUUAUUAUUUAUGAUAUUUAAUUCAUUCGUCUUAAUGGAAUGUUUACUAUGUGUAUUUUGUCUAUGCAAAAUCAUAUCGUUUGUUCUUAUUCGAAGCCUUACUGAAUAUGAAGAACAUCCGCUGAAUCAAUGUGAUAAGGCUUAGGAAAUCAACAGCAAAGACCAAAUUUUAUAAUACAAUUUUCACCAAAAAUUAAAUUUGUAAAGCCAAUUUCCUCCUUCAAGUCUGGUUAAGGAUAAAAGCGUUCGCCGAAAAUUUAGUUGAAAAAACCUCCAAACAUUUUAGUGAUAUCAGAAAACAAUGCUGUUGAUUACAUAGUAAUAUGGAAACAAUAUCCAAAGAAUGGGACAUUAAUGAAGAAACGCCGCUACAGUUUCAAGAAACAGUGAAUACGUUAAUAGAAAUGUUAAUCAAACCUGAAUGUCUCAAACAAGAUCUUUUAUUUUCUUUGUUGCUUGUGUUGAUGAAAGAAAAUGAUUUCCGGCUACUCAAAGAAAUUGGCAACGACACAAUUAGUAUUGUCGAGUACAUAGUAUUAAUGAAAAGAUGCAAAACAAUACACGAAGCUGUAUUCCUUCUGAAGGGAUAUGAAAAUAUUACUGUAAAACUUAUAAUGUCACCAAUGCAUGACGUUAUAUUAAUCAAUGCGACCUUAUUAGAAAUCCGCGCCGAAACUUAUUCGACCUGCUUUCCAAUAAGCAGAUAUUUCAUAUCUCGAGGAUCAGCAUUCAAUGUGCCAACAAGUUUCGCUAAUAUUGACGAGUUCUCCAUUUUGUUUAAAGACAAAAUCAUAGCUCCUAUAAAGAAUACUAUUUUAAAUUACAACAGCACGCCAGGCUGCGCUCUUUGUGGACUGCCUGUAGAUAUUUUGCACUUGAUCCUAAUAAGAUUACCGUUGAAAGAUGUGCUCAAUCUUUCGGAGUCGUGUAAAAGAAUUAAUGGUAUCGUAAACGAGGAUUGUCUAUGGUCCCAUUUUUAUGGCAGGGAUUUCCCUGGCAAGCAUAAAUGCGGAGAAAAAGGAUGGAGGGAUAUGUAUAAGGAAGUUUACUCGCAGAAAUUAAAGGAGGAAAGGGAACGCGAAAUGCUCAAUACGGAAGAGAGAGAUGACAGAUUCAUGCCGAGAAAUUUUACAGCAAAUUCGAGAUGGGAGGUAUCGAUUUCGAACUGCGAAAUGUUAUAAUUACAACCGAAAAGGUCAAUUUUUUAAUAUUUUUCUUAAAUUCUCGACAUUUUUAAUUUUAUUGGUUAUUUCUUUUCAUGAAUUGUAUUAUAAAUACA